CUACGCUUCGUCAGCUCUCAUGUAGACUUCAUUAUGGAGCUGGCAGUAACUCACUGAGAAUUUGCUCUUGAAGGCCGUGUGGAACAGCUCCGACGCGCCCGCUAGGAUGAGCCUGUGGGCGAGUACUCUCUGGUCGCCGAAGCGGAGAAUCACAUCUGACCGGCCUUUAUCGUUGUAAAGUUGCUUAUAGAAGGGAUAAGGAUGAGGAGCGGACAUCUUGUUGGGUUUGAUUCUGGAGAGAGGUCUUGUCGACGACGCGAGAUGGUUGUGGAUAAGAAGAAUACUUGCAGCAGGAGUUGCAGAAAUAUGCGUUUUUCUUGCCUCGUGGGAAAUGGUCUGGAACUUACUCAUCCGACCUUCCAUGUGCUGAGCUUUGUCACCUCGACGACUCUCGUGCUGCAGCGGUCCACGGGGAUGCGUCCAUCAAAAUGCACGAUACUCUUGACGGAGCACGUCGUCCUUAGACAGCAGAUACUUGGCGUUCUCUCUUCAAACCUAGCUCAUCUUCGGAAAAUUGUCGUGCAUUUUUACAGCUGCAUGAGUGCGAGACUUCCGCAAAAGAGGGAAGAAGAACCAACGGUCGGCUACUCACCACCUCCUGGAGUUAGAUAUGCCCUCUAUGUUGGUACGGAGCUGAUGUUAAAGAAUCAUUUCUUAUAAGCCUAUGGUGUGUCCUGGGUAUCAAUUCGUAAGGUCGUGUCCUGUUCCUGGCGAUAGCAUAUGACAAGGUCGGCGUAAAU